AUGGAGUCUCCUGGAGGGUAUGGGCGCUUUGAGAGGGGCAGAGCACCAGAUCCUGAUGGAGAGAGCAACAAAGUAUAUUCAUGUGGACAUCCUUCCACUGAGUUAAUUGUGGAUAAGUUUCUUGGAGAAAAUCAACCCGGCUUUGAUGCUCCUAAUUCCACUAGUUUAUCUCAUCAAAAUGUCAAUGUUGAUGAGAUCAACAAUGAACUAAACAUGUUGGAGAAUUCACAUGAAAAACAGAAAAAACAUGGAAAAGCUCUCCAAGGAUUAAGGGAAGAACUUCCAUAUGAACAACUCAACUUUUCUGACCUUAAAAAGUUAAUUGAGCUCUUGGAAGCUGCAGAUGAAGAAGUUGAAAGAGUAGUGAGCUAA